UCAGGUCAUAACCAAAAGAGGUAUAUACCCAUAUCAAGUUAUCUGUAGGUACACAAUUUAAAGCUGUAUUCUGCAAUACCUGGUGCCAACAUUAGCUUGCACUGGUCCAGACCACUAUCACUUCUUUCACACCUUUCUAUACUUGUCUUGGUUCUAAGAGGCCAUGAUUUACAUUUUAAAGAACAGGACCUUAAAUGUGCUAGAUUCCUUGAUUUGUUAGCAGCAUACUACAGUCUGGCUUCCCAAUGGUUAAAAGCAAUACCUUACACUAGUAGCCAUCAGGUACAUAAUAAAAACCUAGAAAGGUGUUUCCCAACAGAGUCCUAGAGGUCCAUGUUCUCUAUGCAGUAGACCAGUUCAAGGAUGACUUGCUUAACAGAUAAAUCUGACCAUGGAGGAGCGGAAACAUGAAACACUGCAAUGAAGGUGGACGUCUAGGACGGGAGCUGGGAAACACUGACCUACUGUACCUCUUACUAGAAAACGUUGUUUUAAAAUCUGUUUAGCUAUUGAGUCUAUUGGGCAAGCAUAGUUGCCCUGGCUAAUGUGCUUCUUAGGGUCUCCUAUCAUUUGUGGAGCAGCUUAGGGUUAGUAGUGGUCAAUGGAGGGGGCAGGACUGUUAGAACUUAAAGCCUGCCUUUAAAAAUCUGAUGGUCUUUUCUAUGAUUUCAAUCAGCAAUCCUAGUGUGGAAACCUUACUUAGUGAACCACUCCCUUGCCUGGACAGCUGACUGGACCCCUGGCUCAAAUUUUCCUGUUUAACUGCCAAGACAUUUAGGCAUUAGAAUCAAACACAUAACUUAAUAUUGGUAAGGUUAAUUUGAUGAUAAUAGUCAAAUCAACAGCAAGUGCAUGAAUUGUUAACCUCCCUGCUAGAAAAACCAACAUAGACCAGCAUGCCUGGUCACCAGCAAAACCAGCAUAUGCUGUGUUUUGUAUGCUGGUCAACCAGGAUGACCAUGCUAGGUGACCAACUAAACCAGGACCAGACAUAUACCAGGUAAGACCAGCAUGGAAUGCAUGCUGUUUUUUUUUUUCCUUUCUUUUUCAGCUGUGCUACCACAGAACAAACAGGAGGGGAAUGUGAAGACUGCUGGGACAAACUCUCUUAAACUGUUAAACUGCAGCAGAACACCCUUAAACAAGCUCUCCAGACGUGCAAAGAGGCACAAAAAGUCACUGCCACUGUUGCCCAUGGUGGCCAAACCCUGUACCAAACCAGCAGCCAUCUUACGGUACCUUACUCAGGAACCAUGCGCAAAGGCAGCACCGUUUGCGCAUAAUGGACGUCGAUAUGGAAGCCCCGUAGAACUUGGGGCGGGUCCUUUCACGUUCUUACUGUGCACUGAUUGGUCCAAGCGGUGGUGUCACGAACUGUCCCGGGCUUCUGCACAUUGUUUGGAGAUUGUGCUAUGAGAAGGAGACGAACGACACAUUAUCGGCGAUUCUACGAGCGCAACGUUAUACCCACAUGUCGCUUUGGACGUCGAGGACCUGACCACGUUCUCAGCACCCAUCGGCGGACUGCAGGUUGCUGGUGGCGCGCUGAGGGAGAGCAAGGAGAAAACAACACCUUCCUGAGGACGACGAGACCCUCAGAGUUCUAUGGCAGUAGCGUGGAGAUCACUGUGGUGAAAUGGAUCAUGGAGCUGUAGGCAUACCCAGCAUGUCCUUCAAACAAGUGAAUUACAUCCUUCCUUCCCACUGCUGUGCACCGGAUACAGUUGGGACUUAAAAAGAUCAGCUGAUCCUUACUGAACACCUAACUCCUAAGGAUGGCCCAUGGAUCCAGUACAUGUCACCACAUAACUCCAUCUGAUUCAGAGACUUUGACAGUGUCCUUGGAAUCUGAGGAGAACUUCGAACAUCAUAUUGAGCAGCUUACUGGAGAAGAUAAACUUUCAGGCAUGAUGGUUUCUGAAGAGGUCCCCACAUCAGACCUAAACUGUUUGAAUUCAGAGGCAGAUUCUCUGCAGGACACAUGCCAUGAACCACCAUGCCCAGAGGACAGGAAAUCAGAUGAGUCUGCAGGAGGUCAGUCAACAGAUAUCAAAAUAAAUCUGGUUACUAUCACAAACGACCCAUCUGUUUUGGAUACAGAUUCAUGUAGGACAGGAUUAAAUCCUAGUUUGUUGAGUAUGGCUGGUCUUGAGGGUUACUCAGAUGUUAGCAGCUGCUCUGAAGUAGACCUUGACUGCACUUCAAAUGCCUUCAUCGAAGAAAAUCCUGAUCAGUCUUUAGAAUGUCAAAGUAAAAGUACAAAAGAAGCAGAUAAAGUGGAAAAAGAUCCUAGUACAUUGUUCCAUUCUGGUGAUUUGAGUUGUGCGUUAGCAGCAAGUGGCAAAGAAGCAACAAUGGAAGAGAAAGAUUAUGACAACUGGGAACCUAAUGAAUCAGAGUGUGAAAGAGGAAGUGAUCACUUAAAUAAUGCAAUGAAUGAUGGUAGCCAUGGGGAGAGGUCCCUCUUAAAUCUCCAGAAUAAGUGUUUGAAUGGUGAAAGUGAGUGUGCUUUGAAAAAUGAGGAACAAUUGGAGAAGAGAGCAUGUGUUUUUCAGAACUCAGACUGCUGUGUUGAAGACCUGAACAAGGAUUGCAAAGAUACUCCAACUACUCUAACUAAUUCUGUUUGUGCCUUGGAGUUGAAUAGUGUGAAGGAGAUAGAAGACAAAAAUAAUAGUGACAUAAAUGGUGGUAAUGAUGCUUACACCCAAAGUGGUUGUCAGAUAGAAGCAAUCAGCAACCUGUGUGAAUCCAAGCUUGUUGGUCCAGAACGUGAAUCAAACCCUGACUAUGAAAAACCACCCACUGACAAUGAACUGCAGUCUGACAAAACAGAAAGUAAAUGUUCUGUCAGUAGAGAGGUUGAACGCAGCAGUUUUGAAUUCCUACAGUCUUGUUUGGGCUUUAAAAAUCCAGAGCACAGCUCACCUUUCUUGAGUAGUCUGGUUUGUGCAAAAUUAGACCAACAUGAGACCACUUCAGUAUGUGACAAUAUGAAUGAAACCUCAGAGAAUAGUGACAUUAGUAACACACAGCCCCCAGUUCUCAUGAGAGCUACUUUUGAACCUGUUACUGGAGAUCAGAUGGAAGAAGCAGUAGAUGGUGCGCAGGAGCCUCCUAUACUGAGUGCUUUCUACAAGGCUCUGGGAUCUUCAGAAACUGGGCAGCAAAAUGAUUGCAUAGAGGGGCAAAUGAUUAGGGACUUGGCAAGAACUGAAAGUGGAAUUGAGACCAGGAUCACCAGAGAAGUUUCCUUGGUGUCAUCUCAGAAAUUAACAAAGAAACUGCAGCCUGUUGUGCUUGUAAAGACAACUGAGCAGAAAGCUGAUGGUGGAAACGAAUACCAUUGUUCUGCAUGCAAAAGGAGCUUCCAAAGUGUAGAUGAGCUUAUUGAACAUUUCCACUGUGAACACUCUCAGUGUAACUUUCAGUGUUGUCUCACCUGUGAAUGUUAUUUUUCCAGUGGAGCAUUGGCAGAGCAACAUUUGUGUGAGCAAGUUAAGCCAAAUCACAUGCACCUGCCUGGUUCUUUACACACUAAGGAGCAGGCCAAGAAGGUUGUUGCAAAAUAUGUGUGCAUGUACUGUCUCAAACCUUUUGUCAAGAAGGCUUAUUAUCUUGAUCACGAGCAAAGGCAUAGAGUCAUCACACAAUAUAGAUGUGCUUGCUGUGGUUUGUACUUUCCACAUAUAAGUAAACUGAAGGCUCACAAACGAAAGGUCAGGUGCACACCCUUGAUACUAGAGCCCCAGGAGCAGGCUAAAGAAAAUUUAGAAAUUGAUCUGAAAAAAGCAGGUAAGCCCACUGCCGUACUUGGAACUGAUGGCUGUAAGAUCAAGCUCAAUGAAUGUUUUGUGAAAAUGGUGGACAUAAACAAUGGAGACCAUUUGCCUCAGAAAAUAUUUUGCCCAGUUUGUGGAAAGAUCUUCAGACUGAGAGCACAACUGAAAGCACACCUCAGAUCACACUCUGAUGAGAAGCCCUUUAAGUGUGACGUUUGUAAGAAGGAUUUCAAAUAUUCCUGGAACCUUAACAAGCACAGAAGGGAGCAAUGUUCUCAAAAAGUUGUGCGUCAUGAAUCACCCGAGCCAGACAGCAGAUCUUCUUUGAGAUUCAAGUGCCCCAUUUGUCCACGAGUAUUUAAAUACUCCUACAACAGAUCCCGGCAUUUGCGUGAGCAGUGUGUAAAAGAAUAUACUCGGGCAGGAAAAGGAAAAGUUGGAAACGGGUACAAAUGCCCAUUGUGUAGUAAAACAUUUACCUUGUCUUCCAAUCGUAUUAGACAUAUUAAAAACACUUGCUUUCAGAGGUAUAAACUCAAAGGGAUUGUGAUCAAAAGGAAACAGACCAAGGCCAUCAAGGAACAGGUAAAAGAAGAAAAAGAAGAGAAACCACUGUUGCCAGUGCCCUCCCAGAAUUUGCCACCUUAUAAGUGUAAACUGUGCCCAGCUGUAUUUACAUACAGGUCUGGAGUGUGGAGACACAUGAAAAGACACAAGUUGCUUCAAAAUACCAUAACGCCAACUGGCAAAGAUGACAACCUUAGUGAUCCGAAACAACUGAACUCUGAUAACCAAACAACUCAAAACCAGGGGUCUUCUGGCAUGGUCUCUAGUCCACCCUUAUCUUGUCGCUUCUGUGAAAAAUGUUUCAGUUCGACUUCCUCACUGAAGAAACAUUUGCGACUACAUGUAGGAAACAAACCAUUCCGCUGCUUGGACUGUGGUAAAAACUUUGCGAGGCGUGGGCAUUUAAUAGGUCACAAAAAUGUUCACAGGCGAAAGAUACAGUGUUCUGUCUGCAAAAAAAUUCUUCCCACCAUUGGAGAUUUGUUGAAACACCGACAGUCCCAUAUAAAAAAGGGAACGCUUCAGUGCCCAGAUUGCCCAAUGCAGUUCAAGUUUCCUGUGUACUUGCUCCGCCAUGUUGCAACGCAUGAAAACAAAAGUAAACAUAAACCAGCCCAGUCUCCACCUGAAAACCAACUUCAACCAAAUGAAGCAACAGAUCAAAAGAUGGAGGAAAUUCAUGAAGACUUCAUAUGUGGAGUGUGUAAGAAGGAAUUUGUUAAUUCCAAAGCGCUGAGUGAGCACUGUUUAACUCACAUGCCUAAACCAUCUGUUUCCAGAUGUCAGUUUUGUAAACGUAAUUUUCAGAGUCGAGCGAUAUUGAUUCGGCACAUCCGUCUUCACACUGGUGAAAAGCCUUUCCCUUGCCAGAGGUGUGGAAGGCAUUUUUCCCGAAAGGAAUAUCUCAAAGCUCAUAAAGAGAAAUGUGCAGACCCACAAGAAAAAUCUGUAACAUCAAACUCUGUUCAAAUACAGGAGAAAUCCAAAAUAAGUACAGUAUCGAAUGAAGUUCGAAAUGUUUUCAAGUGCUCAUACUGCCCUCAUGUCUUUGCCAUCUCAAGCAGUUUGACACUUCACGAAAGAGCUCAUGUGGCUAAGACCCUUUUGCCAUGUUCAAAGUGUGGAAAGUACUACAGAAAAAAGAAAAUAAAGGAACACCUGAACAACUGCAGGGGCAAGGAAUCACAACAUGCCUGCAGAAAUUGUGGAGCUACAUUCAGUGGGAAAAAGAAAAGGAAUGCGCAUGAGAGGAAGUGCAAAGGCACCGAUUCAGUUGUCGAAAAUAAAACAUGCAAAACAUUGAAGACAAUUGGGGCAAGCCUCAAGGACAAGUUUAAGGAGCGGUGUCCACAUUGCCCUAAACGUUUCAGAUUUAGAAGUUACCUCCUGAGACACAUUCGUUCUCACUUAAGGAAACAAAAGUUUGCAUGUAUGCACUGUGGGCAGAAAUAUGACAGUCAGCAGCAGUAUCUACAGCAUGAGGCCUUUUGUGAUGGUGUGUUCAAGGACUCUAAAACAAAAAUAUUGAAUGAAUCUGCAAAAUCCAAAGCUGUGUCAGAAGAUGCAUCAAAUCUGAAGGAUACCAGAGUAACUAUCAAAGAAAAUGAUGGGGAGUUUAAGUGCAGUUUUUGUACUAAAACCUUCACAAAACCACGAAAUCUGAGGCGCCACAUCCUUACACACACAGAUGUCAAGCCUUAUCGUUGUAAGGCAUGCGAGAGUAGUUUCUCCCGAUACGAUCAUCUGAAGCUGCACCAAGCACACUGUAAAGGCAAGAGACAGCGACUUGAAGUGCGAAUUGAAAAGAUCAGUGUUGACCUCUCUGGCACAGGCUGGCAAACUAAAGUGCAGCAAGCAAGCGAUGUAUUUGAAUGUAAUGUUUGCUCUAAGCAGUUCUCUGCCCGCAGCAAUUUAACACGACACAUUUCCAUGUUGCAUUCUACUUUCAAACCUUUCACCUGUAAAAGGUGUGGCAACAAGUAUAGCUCUAAAAAGACUUUAAGAACACACCUCCUCAGGGUAAACUGCGAACCGUCUUCACAAGAGAGCUUGAAGCCACCUCAGUCAAGUGCUCCAAUGCAGCCAUGCAGAGAAACAUCUAAACUCUUGCAACGCAUACAUGGACACUACUCAAGUAAAUUUAAGUUCCACUGUGAGUACUGCCCCCGCCGCUUUCAAAACCAAUCACAGUUGAAGAUGCAUAUUCGUCUUCAUACAGGGGAAAAACCUUUUGGAUGUGCCAGUUGUGGUGAGCGUUUCAUCAGAAGAGACUAUUUGCAGCGACACUUGAUUAAAUGCCACGAAAAAGGAGAAAAUUUUGAUAAAGUGCUUUGCGAUAGGUGUGGUGGUUUGUUUACUAAAGAUGCACUUUAUAUACACCAGAGGAUUUGCAUCAUUAACAAGUUACAUGACUCCCCCCAAGCAACCAGAACUGGCAGCCCUUCAAAGAUCAAGGGAUUUUCCUGUGUUAAUUGUAGUGCCCGUUUUUUGUUGUUCUCCCAGCUUCAGCAGCAUUUUCUGACGAAACACAGAUCUGAUGGACAACAGCAGUCAAACAGCUUAGAGUACCAGCAGUUAUCAAGUACCUUUAACAUAAAGGAGGAACCAACAGAUGAAGGGUAUAUUGAGAACCUGCAAAGCAGCAGCCAAAAGCAUAGACAUGAGAAUACAAAUGGGGAAAAGAAAAAACCAUAUGAGUGCCAUCAGUGCAAAAUGAGGUUCAUCAGCAGCAGUGGCCUAGGAAUGCAUAUGCGCACUCAUACAGCAGAUUACCCUCUUUCUUGCAAUAGAUGUUCCAAAGGAUUUUGGAGCAAAAAUGUACUGCAAAAACACAAGAGAAGGUGUAAGGGCCUAGAAGAAGUUCCAAAAAAAGAAUCUAACCUGGAAGGCGCAACGUUAUCAGAAUCAGAACUUAAUGAUACGGUCCUUUUAUUUAAUAAAGGCUCCAAUACCACAGGGACUGGUGUACUGCAAACAAAGUUUUCAUGUAAGGAUCAGGAUCAAGGAAACAUGGACAAAGGAGACGCAGUUGUCCACAAGUAUCAGUGUUCAGAAUGUGAUCAAAGUUUCACAGAUGGCCUCAGGUUAAUAAGUCAUCUUGAGGAUCAUGGCCGUGAAGAUCUGGAGCGUAGGUUAGGCAGUAAGCAUCGAUGCCACCUGUGUGGCAAGACCUUUGAACAAGCUGGGACACUACAGAGACACGUGAAGAUUCAGCAUCAGGAAACAGUUUCUAAUACGUGUCCUGAAUGCUUCAGAAACUUUCGCUGUCCCUCUGAUUUGGACAUUCAUAGGUCUUGUCAUGAUCCUAAUCGGCCAUUUGUCUGUAACACAUGCAACUUGAGGUUUUGGACACCUAAAGCCUUGAGAAUUCAUCAAAGUCAUGCUCACCCAGGUAUUCAGCCACCUAACGCAAGUGAGUCUAGCACAGGAGGGUCUUCAAAAAUGUUUACAUGCCUUCCCUGUAAUAGAGCCUACGCGACAAGGAAGUCAUACAUGAGGCACUGCAAAGGUAAACAUAAAGGGAAUUUGCAAAAUCCAGAACUUACAAGUGCUCCCUUGGACAAAAAUGAAUCUGAACUUGCAAAUGAUGCAGGGAACGAAGAUGCAAGUGAUAAUGAUUCUGACUCCGCACCCUAUUUUCCUUGUCAUGUCUGCGGUAAAACAUUUCUGACAUCAGAAAAUCUUGAGGAUCAUCAAAGAUGCCAUCUUGGAGAAAAACCGUAUGAAUGUGAAGAAUGUGGCAAAUGCUUUUUUCAGCUUGUAAACCUGCAGCAGCAUCAGCGUAGCCACAAAACUGAGUUUCAGUGUCCUAUGUGUGGUAAAGGUUUUAUUUCACUCUUUGCCCUGCGCAAGCAUAAGCACACUCAUGUUACUAAACGGCCCCAUCGCUGCACCAAGUGUCAUCUAAGUUUCACAGGAUCUUCACAGCUGGCAGAACACAUGAUCACUCAUCGUGAUGAAAAUUUCCCCUGUGACCUUUGCGAUGAAACAUUUUCCUGCAAAUUGAGCAGAGCAGAACACCGUAAGAUCCACACUGAGCAAGAGGAGGAGCUCCCUCCUUUGAUUCCACCUGCAAAGCAGACUUCACCUCCGCGUAGGACUAGUGACAGUCCUUCAUUAAACAAUGCACAGCAAUACAAGUAUCGCUGUGGAAUUUGCCAGGUGCGAUUUCAAGAUCCAGAACAGCUCUCGGAGCAUGGUUGCAGUCCAGCAAAAGAGCGCCCAUAUUCAUGUCCUGAAUGUAAUAUGCAUUUUUUGCACGGUUCUCAUCUGAAGAAGCAUCAGCUCAGUCAUCAGUUAUCUGGGCCACAUUCUUUUCAGUGCAAGAGUUGCCACAUGAGCUUCAGUCAGCGCAAUCAAUACUUAAUCCAUAUGCGAAGACAUGGUGAUGAGCCUUCAGACUCUCAGAUCAGUGAAAAAGUGAAGUUGUUAAAUGCCAGUGAUCUGAAUGAGGACAAAAUCUACAAAUGCCCAAUUUGUCCAGAGAGCUUUGCUCAAGCCUUAGAGCUUGCAAGUCAUCUUUCUGUUCACUCAUACAUGUGCAAUGUUUGUAAAAAGACUUUUGCAACUAAGCCACAGCUUGAGGAGCAUGAGCAAUGCCAUUUAUCUGCCGCUACACAGUACGAGUGCACAGAAUGUGGAGACAGCUUUCUUGGGAGUGAUGCCUUUCGUCAGCAUAAUUGUGCUCGCCAGAAACACUUUGGGCACUCAUCCAAGUCACCCCCUCGCAAAAAGAGAUCUACAGGAACUUCGCUGAAAGUCAUCAGUAUUGAUGAAGAGGAAGAGGAGGAGGUUGACGUUGGGGAAGACUUCUAUAAUUGUCCUGUCUGCAACAAGCGGUUCUCUUCCAGUAGCAGUUUACAGGAGCACCAGAAGGUGCAUGAAGAUGGACGUCCCUUCAAGUGUCUGGUUUGUGGGAAAGGCUUUGCGAAGAAGAAAUAUCUCACACAGCACCAGCAAAUACACAGUGAGCGUCCAUACAAAUGUAAUUUUUGCUCGGAAUCCUUUAAGACUGAGCCAAUGCUUUUGUCCCACCAUAGAACCCAUGACUCAACAAGGAAACAUCAGUGCUCAGUGUGUAACAAAUCAUAUCGUACAAUGUCUGAACUCUCAAAACAUGAACAGAAACAUCCAGAAUUGCAGAGUUUGAAGGAAGGAAGUGGUGACCAUAGAUGUGAUAUGUGUUAUAAAUCUUUUAAUUUGCUUUCUCAGUUGCAAAAGCACCAGGAGACUCAUGUCGGCCAGGUUGUCUAUGAAUGCACAGAGUGUGACAAAGCAUUUGCUUUUCUAAAUCUUUUAGAAGAACACCAGCUGACUCAUGCAACUUCUGCAGCUUCUUCGCAGCCUCAGUCACCAUCCCCCAUUCUCUUUGAAAACCCAGUCGAUGAGUAGAGCAUACUGUAGAGUAUUUCCUGCAAUGCAGGUGAUUUUUAGUCAUUCAGUUUUCUGAAAAAAUUAUGACUGUACAGUUUCUUGACACGUUUUGGAAUAUUGUGCUUUACCAUGUUGCAUCAUAUACACAAAAGAUAGAUUUCUCAUUGUAUUUUAAUGCCUCCUGUUAUGUGUAUAUAUGUACGCAGUUCUUACUUUAGUUUUGUCUAUUGCAGUUCUGAGAAUUCAAAACUUUAAGGAAAAAAUAUGGUUUUGGUGGCAAGAUGAACUUUGCAUGCCAGGUAAAACUAACAAAAAAUGCUGUUCAGAUAUGUUCUCCCCAUUUGUGGGGCUUAUGUGGCAUAAAUAUCAAUCAUCAUUAUGUCUACAUUUCUUGUCCUUUUGGUACAUGUUCACCUUGCAGUGUACUUCAUCUUUUGGAAACAGUUUUUGUUGUUUAAAAUUAAGGAGAAUUUUUUUUCCCCUUUCGUUCUUUCUUUUAAGUUCUGACUUCUUCUGUAAUUUCCUGAUAACUUGUUUUAGCCAUGCCUUUAAUACCUCAGUUUGCAAAGAUUUGAAUAAAACUGUUAAGGGUUACUAUGAAUAUUAUAAAUAUGCCUUUGUAUGUUUAAGUUUCUUUGUAUCUGCUGUUUCAUAAUGAAUGUUUUAUUUUGUUCCUCUUGAUAGAGAUUCCAUACUAUAACUAGCUUUUGCUUAACAGGUGGUUAUGAGCACCUUUCAAGCACUUCAUGAUUUGGUGUAGUCACUUGUUAUGGAGAUUGACUACCUUUGUAUUAAAGUGUAUACUUUAUGCAUAUAUUUUUUUUUAAAUACACAUGUCCGUGUAUGAAAUUUUCAGACUGAGACAAUAAACCCAUUUUAAUACUGUU